AUGGAGAAGCAAAUAUUGAACGAGAAGGCCCAGCAACUCCACUUGAUCCAACUUAUGACAAUGAACGCCACUUCUCAGCACCAACAAAGCCAACGUAUGAUCUGGAACUAUAACAGAGGCAUCAUGUUAAUGCAACUCAUUCGAUGGUGGGUCGAGAAGAAUGUAACUUCAAGUCAAAUGGGGGUGUUUCUAGUGCAAAUGUUGUACGGAACAGACUCCCACAUGAACCAUCGAGUUACGGAUAUGGUCGAUAACCGCGAGCCCUACGCAAAUAUUGCCAAGGCUGUGGUCGAAUACGACCAGAUUCGAGACAGAUAUAAGCGACCUCUUUGGAUUGGACUAAACCCGCGUGACUCUUGCCUCUGCCCAAUUGACGAAUAUUUUCCACGACCGGAAGCUGACCAUUCGAGCAGAUCUGGAACUGGGCUAACUCAAAUCCAUGGAGGUAAUGUCGUCCAUGCAUCCAAGCCUGUUCGGCCAAGUCUGUGGCUUUUGUGGACUGAUGAGGACAAGCUUGAGCCUGCUAUACACUCCAGUAGAUUCGAGGAGGAGAGUAUUGCUUGCCAUGAUGAGUAUCACACUGAUGGAGAUCUUGCUGUGCGUGGAAACGUUUCUGUAAGGGAACCCACAGUAGUGAAUCGGGGUGCACGUCGAAACCCGAUGAGUAUUGCAUUUAUUGUCGAGCAGGAUCCAUCUUCCCAUCGAGCUGAUCGAAAAGUCCCUCGAGAAGGUAUCACAAGCAGUAAUGAAUCAUCUAAUGUUAACAGGUAUUUCUUCACCCAACACAACUAA